AUGGCGAAGGAGUUGUUGACUCUUGAUGAUGCCACCACCUGCACAUCUUGGAAUUUUUCCGGUACCAGACUCGCUGCUGCUUCCGCCGAUGGCACGCUCUCAAUCUUCGAUUCCCGCAAUCCACCUUCUUCUUCCUCCCUCCGCUCUACUUUUAAAUUUAGGGUUCUAGAAGGGAACAUCGUCAAGAUUGUUUGGGUUCCGCCAGAAUAUGGAGAUGCAGUUGCGUGUAUUUCCGCCGAUGGAAUUGUGUCAUUGUGGGAGGAGGUUGCAGAAGAUACCCAGUCUCUUCAGUGGAAGAUGUGCAAAAGCUUUGGAAACAGUUCAAACAAAGUCCUUGAUGUUCAAUUUGGGAUCUCUUUGACUUGUUUGAAAAUGGUUGCUGCAUAUUCAGAUGGCAAUAUAAGAGUUUUUGAGCUCUUGGACCCCUUAGAACUUAGAAACUGGCAGCUUCAGGCUGAAUUUCAAAAUGUUAUCGAAUCAGUGUCUGCAUUUGGAAAGGCUUCAUGCCUCUCUGCAUCCAUUUCUUGGAAUCCACAAAAAGGUGGAAGCCAAGAAUCAAGCUUCCUUAUAGGUUUUAAUUCAAAUACAUCAGAGCUUAAUUCUUCCAAGGUAUGGGAAUUUGAUCAGGCUCAUCAAAGAUGGCUCCCGGUAGCAGAAUUGGCACUUCCUGAAGACAAGGGUCAUCAGGUUUAUGCUGUGGCAUGGGCACCAAAUAUUGGCAGACCGUAUGAGAUCAUAGCGGUUGCAACUGACAAGGGACUUGCGAUAUGGCAUGUAGGAUUGAACCCUGAUCAUGAUGGAAGACUUCCAGUAAAGAGAGUUGCACUACUGUCAGGUCACGAGGGCAUGGUGUGGCAAAUGGAGUGGGAUAUGAGUGGAAUGACUUUGGCUACUACAGGUGAAGAUGGAAUGGUCCGAUUAUGGCAGUCUAAUCUCAAUGGUGUUUGGCAUCAGCAAGCUGCAUUUGAACCCAUUUCGUAG